AUGGGAUGUUACUAUUAUUACCCUUUCACAAACGCGCAACUAAAGGAGCUCGAGAGACAAGCGAUGAUCUACAAGUACAUGAUCGCAUCCAUUCCCGUUCCUUUUGAUCUCCUUGUCUCAUCAUCCUAUGCACCUCCCUGUAAUAAUAAAAACGCUGUCGGAGACUUAGAGCCGGGGAGAUGUCGGAGAACAGACGGGAAGAAAUGGAGAUGCUCGAAAGAAGUAGUCUCUAAUCACAAAUACUGUGAGAGACACUUGCACAGAGGCCGUCCUCGUUCAAGAAAGCAUGUGGAACUUCCUUACUCUCGCCCUAGCAACAUUGGUGGUGGUUCCGAGAAAAACAGAGUUCUUAGCUCUAUAAAAGACACAACAGUCGUCGAGCCAAAGGAGGUUUCAUCAGCCCUCUCAAACUACAGAGGAAUCGAGAUCUUUCCUGCAUCGGCGUCAAACGAGCAAGAAAACAAGUAUCUGAACUUUAUAGAUGUGUGGUCCGAUGGAGUAAGAUCAUCUGAGAAACUGAGUACCCCUGCUUCUUCUUCCCCCAAUGGCAAUCCUUCUCUUUACUCGCUUGAUCUCUCUAUGGGAGGAAACAGCUUAAUGGGCCACGAUGAACUGGGCUUAAGGGUAAUUGGGCCGGGCCGUGAUGAUCCUCACGGGUAUGGUCCAUAUGGCGCUGUCGUGUCUUCUUCACUUGAUGAGAUGUCGAGAUGGCUUGCUCCCACUUCCGCCACGCCCGGGGGACCAUUAGCGGAGAUACUGAGGCCGAACCCGAGUUCAGCGUUUUCUGGCGAAAUGGAAGCGAAUAGCUUGACGGCGACUCCUACUCCGAGCUCGUCGCCGUUGUUGACUUAG